UCGAAAACCCUAAACCCAGAGCUAGUCGAUCGAUCUGCGCCCCAUGGAGACGUCGCUCCUCAUCGCCGGCGCCCUCCUCGUCCUGUCUCUCCUCGUCCUGCUCCGCAAUGCCGCCACCCGACGUCGCCUCCCGCCGGGCCCGCCGGCGUUGCCGCUGUUCGGCAACCUGCUCUGGCUGCGCAACUCCGCGUCCGACGUGGAGCCCCUCCUCCUCGGCCUCUUCAAGAAGUACGGCCCCAUCGUGACGCUCCGGAUCGGGUCGCGGCUGUCCGUCUUCGUGGCCGACCGGCACCUCGCGCACAAGGCCCUCGUCGGCGCCGGCGUGGCGCUGGCCGACCGGCCGCGGGCCGCCACCAGCUCGCUCCUCGGCGUGACCGACAACAUCAUCACCCGCGCCAACUACGGGCCCGUGUGGCGGCUCCUGCGCCGCAACCUCGUCUCCGAGACGCUCCACCCCAGCCGCGUCAAGCUGUUCGCGCCGGCGCGCGCCUGGGUACGCCGCGUGCUCAUGGAGAAGCUGCGGGAGGAGGACACGCCCGACGUCAUGGAGGCGUUCCAGUACACCAUGUUCUGCCUGCUCGUGCUCAUGUGCUUCGGCGAGCGUCUGGACGAGCCCGCGGUGCGCGCCAUCGAGAACGCCGAGCGCGCCUGGCUGCUCUACAUCUCCAGGAAGCUCACCGUCUUCUUCUUCCUCCCGUCCGUCACCAAGCACCUCUUCCGCGACCGCCUCCGGGUCGCGCACGCCCUGCGGAUGCGGCAGAGGGAGCUCUUCGUGCCGCUCAUCCAGGCGCGGCGGGAGUACAAGCGGCUGAUCAGCGAGGGCCAGGCGCCGACCAAGGAGACCACGUUCGAGCACUCGUACGUGGACACGCUGCUCGACGUCACGCUCCCCGAGGAGGGCAACCGCCCGCUCACCGACGACGAGAUCGUGGCGCUCUGCUCCGAGUUCCUCAACGCCGGCACAGACACCACCUCCACCGGUCUGCAGUGGAUCAUGGCCGAGCUGGUCAAGAACCCGGCCGUGCAGGACAAGCUCUACGACGAAAUCAAGGCCACUUGCGGAUCCGACGAGGGGGAACUCCCGGAGGACAAGAUCGACCCCGUCACCAUGCCGUACCUCAAGGCGGUGAUCCUGGAGGGCCUGCGCAAGCACCCGCCGGGACACUUCGUGCUGCCGCACAAGGCGGCGCAGGACAUGGACGUGGGCGGGUACCUGAUCCCCAAGGGCACGACGGUGAACUUCAUGGUGGCGGAGAUGGGCAGGGACGAGGGGACGUGGGAGAAGGCCAUGGAGUUCGCGCCGGAGCGGUUCCUGGAGGAGGGCGACAAGCUGGCGGCGGUGGACCUGUACGGCAGCAAGGGGAUCAAGAUGAUGCCGUUCGGCGUGGGCCGGAGGAUCUGCGCCGGCCUGAGCAUCGCCAUGCUGCACCUGGAGUACUUCGUGGCCAACAUGGUGAAGGAGUUCGAGUGGAAGGAGGUGGCUGGCCACGAGGUGGACUUCGCCGAGAAGCGCGAGUUCACCACCGUCAUGGCCAACCCGCUGCGCCCGCGCCUUGUGCCUAGGAACUGAAAAACCCAGUUUACCUUCUUUUUACGAGGUUUUUUAGAUAAGAUGUUUGAGUGUGUGAUUAGAUUAUCAUGAUGAACAAUUCUAGCUAGUUUAAGAAAAGGAGCAAUGUUUGCUUAGAUAAAUGUUUAGAGCUAACAAGGAACAU